CGUCGCUCGGAGAGUGGGAGAAGACAAGAUGGCGGCUGCAGUGCGUGGAGCUCGCGGGCUGCACCGGCGGAGGUCGAUGGCAGCUUCUCUAGCGGCGGCGCUGGUGCUCCUAUGCCUGGCGCGGGAGGCGGCGGCCGGGGGAGGCGGGACCCGCACGCUGGUGCUGCUGGAGAACAUGAACCUGAAGGACACGCACUCGCUCUUCAUGCGCAGCCUGGCAGGUCUGGCCCGGGAGCGUGGAGCGCUUUAGAGCAGACGGGGUGCGGAGGAGGAGGGGGGGGUGAGAGCCUUUUCCAGCGCCAGGGCAGCAUUCCCUUCAAGGCAACCUCCCAGAAGGGACAUGUCAGCGAGGUGUGUGUGUCUGUGUCAACACGUGGAAUUCCUAGCUUUGGACGGUGACUAAUAAUAAUAAUAAUUUAUUAUUUAUACCCCGCCCACCUGGCUGGGUUUCCCCAGCCACUCUGUGCGGCCUCCAACAAAACACUAAAAUACAAUAACCUAUUAAACAUUAAAAGCUUCCCUAAACAGGGCUGCCUUCAGAUGUCUUCUAAAAGUUUGGUAGUUAUUUUUCUUUUUGACAUCUGGUGGGAGGGCGUUCUACAGGGCGGGUGCCACUACCGAGAAGGCCCUCUGCCUAGUUCCCUGUAACUUCACUUCUUGUAGCGAGGGAACUGCCAGGAGGUCCUUAGUGUCAGUUCCCUGUAACUUACAUUAAAUAUUUAUUACAUUUAUCAAGGAUGGCGCACAUGGUUCUCUUAUUCCUCAUUUCAUCCCCACAACAACCCUGUGAGGUAGGUCAGGCUGAGAGACUGUGACUGGGCCCCCCCCCAAGGGAGUUUAAUGGCUGAGCUGGGGAUUCAGAGCAUCACCUCUCCAAAGGUGCUUGUCCAGCACUCUGAAUCAUUACACCACUAGGCUGUAUGUAUAUGCACUGAUUCUCACACACGCACCUCUCUAUCCUCCAUUCAGGGGAGUGGGAGCUGUUAUCAGAGUCCCACCACACGUUCCAGUGUGGCACAGUGGUUAGAGUGUUAGACCGGGACUAGCACUCAAAUCCCCACCGCCACUCAGCCAUGAAACUCACUGGCUGAUGUCGGGUCAGUUGGUCACUCUUAGCCGAACCUACCUUGCAGGGGAGUUGAGGGGAUGAAAGGAUGAGACGUAGAGCCGCCUAUCCCAGUCUGAGCUCUUUGGUGAGUUAUAAAAGCAAAAAAGAAAUUAAUAGAAAACAUUCAAAGGAGGGUGCAGAGCUAAUGUGGGAUGUGGCCUUGAGGGAAGCCUGGUGGGCUACAUCUGACUCUUCACCUCAGCUUUAGAGCAGGCAUAGGCAAACUCCAGCCCUCUAGGUGUUUGGGACUACAAUUCCCAUCAUCCCUGACCACUGGUCUUGUUAGCUAGGGAUGAUGGCAAUUGUAGUCCCAAACAUUUGGAGGGCUGGAGUUUGCCUAAGCCUGCUUUAGAGGGUUAGGAGUGGAAGGCAGUGUUGGUUGGUUGAAGCGUGAGUAGAACAUGAUUUGUUCUUAUUCCCAGGCUUUUCCAAGUAAUAACUUGGUUAUUUAAUAACAUAACCCUUAAGCUCAUUUUAGGCAGCUCAAGAGAUUUUAUGUUUUAUGGUUUAUAAAUGCUUUUAGGAUAAAUGAACAAUUGGCGUGAAUAAUUCUGUGGGGCAGGUAUUGGGCUUUUAUUCCGCUUGCAAACAAGGGGACUAGAAGAGGCACCGUGAGGGUUGUUUCAGGCCAGCUAAUAUUACCCAGCAGAGGCAAAAUGGGAAUUUGGAACUCCCUGAUUUGCCCGUCAGUCUUUUAGCAAUGUCUAGUGGACCUAGAACUUUACUGGUUCCUGAAUUUCUCUUUGUGCUUGGGAAUAUUACAAGUCCCUUAUUUUCUCCCACACUUCUAAAUCUAGAUAGGGGCUUUGAUCUCACCUUCAGGACUGCAGAUGACCCUGGGUUGUCUCUCAUUAAAUAUGGAGAGUUCCUGUAUGACAACCUGAUUAUCUUCUCUCCAUCUGUAGAAGGUAAGACAGAAAUGAAGCAAUGUAGAGAAGUUUGCAGUGCAACCCUAUGCUGUGUUUAUUCAGAAGUGAAGACCACAAAGUUUGUUCGAGCUUUAUUUCCUUGAACUGUUCAGUGCUUAUUGUAUAAAUAAUACUUGUGUGUCAUUAUUCUGUUUUGCUUUCUGCACCUGUUUUGCUUUUUUCUUAUAUUUCACCUGUUGAGUAGGUAAUGGUCUUCAUUUGAGGGUUUUUUGGUUGGAGUUGGAAGGCAUUUCUUUCUGUCACCCUUACGAUAGGCAUGACACUUUGCAUAUUGUAAGAAGGUGAGGAAGAGUUGUUAUUGGUUGAAUACGUGGAUAAAUACAACUGCAUGCUGCUUUUUGCUAGAAAAACAUUUAUGUUUUUAAAAAUGAGUUUUGGGAGUGGAUGUUGGCAGCUGGAAGUCAAGUCAUUUCUGGUGCGCAGCCCUAAAGUCCAGUUGCUUCACCUACCUCUGUAUGUACUGCAAAUAUUAUUCCUUCAAACUGCUCCUUGCAAAUCUAGCUUUUGCUUUGACAUGUUUAAACAUCAUUGGCCCUUCGUUUCAGAUUUUGGAGGCAACAUCAAUGUGGAGACCAUUGCUGCUUUCAUCGAUGGAGGGGGGAGCGUCCUUGUGGCCGCCAGUUCAGAUAUUGGUCAGUAAAAUGAACUUUAUCCAACGGAGAGCCUUUGACUUGAAAGAGAGCUUCUUCCUACCCCCACCAUGAAUGGGGAACUUCUCGUUGAUCAGCCAUUUUGUUUUGUAGUUUGGUUGAGCCGCCCGUGCCUAGAAUUCCUUUGGCUAUAGCAGUCCUGGAAUUCUGGGUACCACUGUAAAUUAAAUAGGAAAUACAGGACAAAGUACUCUUUCUAACCACCUUAAAGUGUGAAUGCUAACUGUAAAUGUCUUGAACCUUUUGCUAUUUAGCUGGAUAAUUGACCUCCUAAGCCAGACUUUUCCAACCCAAUACCCUCUAGGUGUUUUGGACUGGUAUUGGCAGCUGUGCUGACUGGAGCUGAUGGGAGUUGCAAAGGGAGGGCACCAGGUUGGCAGAAGCUGACUUACUAAUUUUACCUGAGUGAUGAAUGAGUAUAGAUUUAAGAAACAACAAACCCAGGGCGCCUCAACUUCUUUACGGCUCUUCCAUUAGACCUUUUCUCUCUAUAUAGCCAUUAUCUCAAAGGAAAGCAAAAGGGUCUGUUUCUGUCUGCUGUCAUCUUUGAAGGUGAUAUGAUUUCCCCCCCUUCCUUUGCAUCUGUUUGGAAGCUGGUAUCUUGAACAGAGUUAAGUAAACAUUUGUGGCAUCAUAAAAUAGAGCUCUGAGCGCUUCCACCCUCUCUUUCUAUGCAUAGAACAUUUUUUCGUACUUGGAGAGUGAUUUGUCUGCGUAUCAUCUAAGUAGAUGCCAGGCUACUUGUGGCUUUAAUUAUAAACAGCUCCCCUUUUUCUAAACAAGUACAAUGUUGACAAUUCUUAGGCGAUCCCCUUCGAGAGCUGGGAAGUGAAUGUGGCAUAGAAUUUGAUGAGGAGAAGACAGCUGUCAUUGACCAUCACAACUACGAUGUCUCUGAUCUGGGUCAGGUAAGCAGCAGGAUGCAAAGUGCUGGGUAGACCGGCUUUCUACUAGGCAGUAAAUAUUUAGUUGUUUUGAAACAAUUGCUUGUGUUAACCAUUAAGCUCUUACAAAGGCUGCAGGUGGCAGCCAGCAUCUUAGAAAAGGUAACAGCCUCUUCACUUCCACAGAGGAGGGAAAGCUGCUUCCAAGAUGGUGCUUGCUACAACAUCUACAUGUAUAUUUGAAAAACAAAGAACAUAUGCCAAUUUACCAGUUAAUUGAUCAGACGAAUCUACUUUCGGCCCCAACAUGGAAAUGGAAUGCCAGCAGCCACUCGCUACGUUCUCAACUUUUGCGGCCUCUUCUCUUUCCGCCAUUUGCAGCGAAGUGAAUGAAAUGAGGAGAACUGCGGUUAACCAUUUUUUCCUGUUUUAUGGGGAACCUGGAAACUCCGGCUACCAGCGUCAGAACAAGCCAGUAUCCAAAAUAUGGUUAAAUAUUCUGGCUAGUAACUGUAGAUGUCCGACUCAGAUGAAAUGGGGAGCCACAGCUACAGUGGUACCUCGCAAGACGAAUGCCUCGCAAGACAAAAAACUCGCUAGACGAAAGCUUUUUUGAGCUGCUUCGCAAGACGAUUUUCCCUAUGGGCUUGCUUCGCAAGACGGAAACGUCUUGCAAGUUUGUUUCCUUUUUCUUAACACCGUUAAUACAGUUGCGACUUGACUUUGAGGAGCAACUCAUAGAACGUGGUGUGGUAGCCUUUUUUGAGGUUUUUAAAGAUUUUGGUGAUUUUUGAAGCUUUUCCAAAACUUUCCCAACACCGUGCUUCGCAAGACAAAAAAAAUCUCAAGACGACAAAACUUGCGGAACGAAUUAAUUUCGUCUUGCGAGGCACCACUGUAUAUGGAGACUACUUGGUUGAAUUGUGAUGUGCGAGACGGGGCUGCCCUUGUAAUGCAAAUGCUUGUUCAUAUCUUGGUUGAUGGUGCUGAGCUGUAACUAUCCAAAUACAGCCUUCCGUGUGUUGCAGAGAAAGUUGGAGAGGGCAGGAAGGCGGAGGUGGGGCUGGUGGGCAAAGGGUUGUGGCAUCUUCUAAGGCAAAGUGUUAGCCACAUUGUCAUUUGAUGAAGCAUUGGCUGAACCUGCCUGUAGAGUUGGCAGUCCCCAAAAGGUUUUAACUGCGGUCUCUUUGCAGCACACCCUCAUCGUGGCAGAUUCUGAGAACCUCCUGAAGGCUCCGACUAUUGUGGGGAAGAAGCCUCUGAACCCCAUCCUCUUUCGGGGAGUUGGGUGAGUCUCCUGCAACACGAGGGUUGUGUUUGGCCACAGCUAUAGGAGCUGGUGCUCUUGGCCAGUUUAGGAAAGAGUGAAGUUUAGUAAAGAGUGAAGAGACUAUGUCUUCACCUAGACAACAAGAAAAUUUGGUAACUACUUUGCUACGCUCCCAGCUCAUGGGGCUUUCUCCAGUCAAGUCAUUCUCAGUAGACCCACUUAAAUGAAUUGGCCCAAGUUAGUCCUGUUGCCCAUAAAUUUCAAUGGGGUUACUCUAAGUAGGACUAGCAGUGAAUACCUCCCAUGGUUUCUCUUCAUCUUUCCUUCAUUUUUAAUCCUAAGCAUAAAGAGAAGAACCUCCUUUCAAGACAGCGUUGGGUCUUGCACCAAGUGCUUUCCAUAAAUACAUUAUUAAUAUUUGGGGGCUCCCACCUGGAGGGGCGCAUGGGCAUUUUGAACUGCGUCUUGGAAGGAAACUUCUCCCCUGCUGUCGGAAAUCUUCACAAUUAGUUUUUUUCCCCCCCUGCAGGAUGGUGGCUGAUCCUGACAACCCUUUGGUUCUAGAUAUCCUGACUGGCUCCUCAACCUCUUACUCCUUCUUUCCUGACAAACCCAUCACACAGGUAUGACAUGAAGGGGGGGCUUGCCUUUUUUAAAAACCUGCUGACAAAAAGUACCUUGGUGCCAGGCUCCAAUUGCUUUCCUUUUGGUUGGGGACUGCAGGGGGCGCCAAAACAAUGCUGUAGGACGGAGCACAGGACACCUGAAAUUUGAGAGCCCAAAGUCUGCCACUGGUGGCAAUUGGCAUCCUCUCAGAAAAAUGGUUCACCUGCACUGACCAGUCAUUUUGCUCCCUUAGUACCCUCAUGCUGUUGGGAAGAACACACUCCUGAUUGCGGGUCUCCAGGCCCGGAAUAACGCCCGUGUUGUCUUCAGUGGUUCCCUGGAUUUCUUCAGCGAUGCCUUCUUCAACUCUGCUGUGCAGAAAGCUACCCCUGGCUCCCAAAGGUACAGUCGGGUUUCCACUCCAUUCUUGUGUUCCAAACGAUGCCCACCUUCUGUGUGCAUGAGCAGGGACAGAGCCCAUGUCCUUUGACAGAGACAAUUCUAUUUUAUUUAUUACUUCACUCCCCUCCCCCAAGUUGCUUAAAGUGGUAUACAUAGUUCUCCCCCUCCUCAUUUAAUCCUCACAACAUCCCUGGGAGGUAGGUUAGGCUGAGAGGCAAUGUCUGGCCCCAGGUCACCUGGUGAGCUUCGUGGUCAAGUGGGGGGAUUUGAACCCUGGUCUCCCGUGUUAGGAAAUUUACAUCCUCAAAAGAGACAUUGAGGGUUGUUUACAUUGGUACAUGAGAACGAGCCCUCAAGUAACCAUUGGAACGCUAUUGGAAAUAGCUAACAGUUUCCUGCCAGUUAAUCCAGAGUAGAGGAUAAAGUCCGUACAGCAUGAAAGCAUAAAAGCACCAGCAACCAGAAGAUUAAACAGCUGCUGGAAUCAGAAAGGUAUUUUGUGAGGUGGCUAAAAGCCAACAGGUGCGGGGGGUGGGGGUGGGAUGUGACGUAAUCUGCAUGCUACCGCUGAAAAUGUCUCUCCCGUGCCCCAGGCAGAUGGGUCUAUUACUGGGACACAGAGCAUAGUCUCUAUAGCUCAUGCAGGAAGCUUCUCCACUGCAUAACUGAUUCAGAUCAGCCUUCUCCAACCUAGAGACCCCCAGGUGUUUAGGUCUGCAGUUUUUUUGUCGUUGAAAUUCUACUCAGUAUUGAUCCAGAGUAGAUUCCAAUGUAUAGUUAGCAGAGUAAAAACUUAAAUACAUUGCAGGAUUCCCGAAAAAUAGACCAGAGGCAUUUCAUCCAGCAGAGCUUUACUGCUACCGAAGGCAAAUGAGCAUAAUGGUCACAAAUCCAAUACAUUCAGGAUUGGCACUGUCCAUAAGAAAUCCAGUUGCAGCAGACUUAACUUAAACCUUACAACAGCUUAUAAUAAGACCUAAACCGUAACACUAUAUACGGAACACCACACCAGAUCAAAAAAAGAGAGGGUGAAACUCAUCUAGGCAGCAUGACCUUGACAGAAAGAGAUAACAGAACCAGUUUAAACCAGCUGUACUCGGCUUCCCGGAAGGAAUAACCCAAACAUCAGUAACCUCUUGCUUGCUUCUUUCACACAGGGAAGCUUCCAGAACCCUCUUGAAUUAAUUAGAAUAGGAAAGAUCUCUACACCUCAGAUCAAUAUUUUGUGUCCUGUACUAAGAAAUGCCAACUGACACCCACCACCCCAGCUAGGUUUGUAGUCCAAAACACCUGGAAGUCUCUAGGUUGGUGAAGGUCGAUGCAGACCGUGCUUGAUCUGCCAUGCAAAUAACGCUGAUUAAUCUUCCUGUACUGGAGUUGAAUUUCUGUGGAUAUGCAACAUCCCUUGAGCAAAUGUUAACUCUCAUUCCUUGGCUUCCUCUUCUCAGGUACUCCCAGACGGGGAACUACGAGCUGGCCAUGGCUUUGUCACGCUGGGUGUUCAAGGAGGAAGGCGUCCUUCGCGUGGGAGAGGUGUCCCACCACCGGGUGGGGGAGAUCGCGCCCCCUAGUGCCUACACCGUCACAGACCUGGUGGUGAGAUUUUUAAACCAUCCUUUGCAGCCAGAGCUUGAGAGUUCCCUUCACAGUCUGCACAUGCCUUUUUAGCCGGCCAAUGACACUCGCUCCCCUCUCUACCUCAGGAAUACAGUAUCGUAAUUGAGAAGCUCUCUGAUGGGAAGUGGGUCCCCUUUGAUGGCGAUGAUAUCCAGCUCGAAUUUGUCCGCAUCGACCCGUUUGUGAGAACUUUCCUCAAGAGGAAUGGUAAGCUGGUUCCGUUUUCUCAGUCGUGCAUUAUCAGCCCCUUGAAAAUUUCAGAAUUUCUACUGUCCCCAUUUGCCUGUAUUCCUUCACGCCCCCUCCACUGUGACCUAGGAGUGGGGGAGAGGUGAAACCACCUCUGUUCCUUUCUAGAAAAGAUUCAUUUCUGGCCUGAGGUGAGUAGUUUGUAUGCAGGUUUGCAGUCUGUUAUGACCCAGGCUUGCAGUAUCCUAACACCUCCACAUUAACAAAAAGAAAUUGUCAUAGUGAUGUUGGAUGGUGAUGAGAAAUUCCGAUACGCAUUGAGAGACCUGCCACCUAUACUGUCUGAACCUACCCAGCUGCUAAGAUCCUCAGGUUGAGCACCUUUUUUUUUUAAAAGAUAUUUAUUAAGAUUUUCAAAAUGUUACAAAACAAAAACAAAAGAAGAAAAAAGUACAAAAAUAAAAAUGGCUAAAAACAACUCAAUCUUUCCAUUACUUAUUUUUCAUUAGCUUAUUUCCCGGACCUCCUCACGCCUCCCUUUUUUGUAUUCCAGUUCAGUUUGUUGGUUCAGCAAAUCCUUACCCUCUUUGUUUAUCCUAAUCUUUAAUCUUAAAAUAUUGUAACGUUAAAUUUUUACCUAUUAAUAAUCCAUUUUUCAUAUUCCCUUAUAGUAUUACAGCUGAAAACCACUUAAUUUCUAUCCAACAUCAUUCUAACAUUCAUUAAUUUUACAAUAUUUCUGUAGAUAGUCCUUAAAUUUCUUCCAGUCUUCUUCCACCGACUCUUCUCCCUGGUCUCGGAUUCUGCCAGUCAUUUCCGCCAAUUCCAUAUAGUCCAUCACCUUCAUCUGCCAUUCUUCCAGAGUGGGUAGAUCUUGUGUCUUCCAAUACUUUGCAAUGAGUAUUCUUGCUGCUGUUGUGGCAUACAUAAAAAAAGUUCUGUCCUUCUUUGGCACCAAUUGACCGACUAUGCCCAGGAGAAAGGCCUCUGGUUUCUUCAAGAAGGUAUAUUUAAAUACCUUUUUCAAUUCAUUAUAUAUCAUCUCCCAGAAAGCCUUAAUCCUUGGGCACGUCCACCAAAGGUGAAAGAAUGUACCUUCAGUUUCUUUACAUUUCCAACAUUUGUUAUCGGGCAAAUGAUAAAUUUUUGCAAGCUUGACUGGGGUCAUGUACCACCUGUAUAUCAUUUUCAUAAUAUUCUCUCUUAAGGCAUUACAUGCCGUAAACUUCAUACCUGUGGUCCAUAACUGUUCCCAGUCAGCCAUCAUUAUGUUAUGUCCAACAUCUUGUGCCCAUUUGAUCAUAGCAGAUUUCACCGUUUCAUCCUGAGUAUUCCAUUUCAACAGCAAGUUAUACAUCUUUGACAAAAUCUUAGUUUUGGGUUCUAACAGUUCUGUUUCUAAUUUUGAUUUUUCCACCUGGAAACCAAUUUUCUUGUCCAAAUUAUAUGCCUCCAUUAUCUGGUAAUAAUGAAGCCAGUCUCGCACUUUGCUUUUUAAUUUCUCAAAACUCUGUAAUUUCAGUCUAUCCCCAUCUUGUUCCAAAAUUUCCCAAUAUUUCGGCCAUUUGGCCUCCAUAUUGAGCCUUUUCAGAGCUUUCGCUUCCAUCGGUGACAGCCACCUUGGGGGAUCCUCAGGUUGAGCACCUUAACUCAGUCCCAAAAACAUGUGAGGCACACCUGGUGGUGACACAAGAGAGAGAAAGAAAAAGAGGGAAAGCCUUUUCAGUGGCUGCUCCCUGAUUGUGGAAUUCCACCCCCCUCCAAGAGAGGUUAGACUGGCUCCCUCCUAUUCUUCUGUCAGCAUGCUGACACCUUAUUGUUCAGACAGGCCUUUGAAAGAUAAAGUGCAGAUGGUGUUGAUCAAUGGGCUGUUGUCAGGGCGAACUGGAUCUUAAUUGCUGGUUCUAAAUGUGUUUUGAUAUACAGCGGACGCUCGGGUUACGAACGUGAUCCGUGCGGGAUGCACUUUCGCAACCCGCAGCGGUGCAUCUGCGCAUGCGCAGGUUGCGAUUCGGCGCAUAUGCGCAAAGCACAAUUUAGUGCUUCUUUGCAUGCACGGCCGCCAAAACCUGGAAGUAACCUGUUCCAGUACUUCUGGGUUUCGGCGGUCCACAACCCGAAAAAACGCAACCUGAAGUGUCUGUAACUCGAGGUAUGACUGUAUUUGAAUUACUGUCUUAUAACUAGUUUGCUUUUCUUACUUUGCAUUUCAUAACAUUGUAAGUUGCCUUGAAUCCCAACUUGGGAGAAAGGUGGGAUAUAAAGAAAUAGAAUAAAAAUAACAGCGACUAGCUGCAACAGCCACUGAGAGGGAUAUGUGCAGAGAAUUUUCACUGGGGCUGAGAGUUGCAGCCAAUGCUAGUCCUACUCGAGGCGUGACCCACUUAGGUCCAUGAGUUUCAGCAGGUGUGCUCUGAGCAGGGCUUGAAUUUCCUACUUGGGAGGCGACCUCCAGUUCCCAACUGUAUAAUGCGCAUAAAUUCUACUGGAUUAAGGGUAGUGUGGCCACCAGAGCCGCAGAAACUAUUACGCUUCCAGGUCAGAAUGACAGGAGUUAGGAUAGGCUGUUGAAAUGCACAGGGGAAGGAGGGGGACUCCUUCACUUUCUUUGCAUGUUGACCACAAGUUGGCCUGAGCCCCCCUGAAAUGUGUUUGGCUCCUAGGAGGCAAGUACAGUGUCCAGUUCAAGCUGCCUGACGUCUAUGGAGUCUUCCAGUUCAAAGUGGAUUACAACCGGCUGGGCUACACCCACUUGUACUCCUCCACCCAGGUAAGAAGAGCCUUGGCUUGGGCAAGGAAGGGGCUGCUGGCCCAAGAGCCAGGUAGAAAGAUACCAUGGAUGGUGUCUCCUGUAAAUUUUGGGGUCCCCGAUCUCUCAAGCUAGCUAACAGUAAAAAGACAAGCCCAUUAGAAGAUAAUGGCUGGAAACCACAGAAGGGGAGAGUUAUUCUUGUGCUCAAAUUGUGCUUGCUGGUUUCCCACCGGCAUCUGGUCGGCCACUUGUAAGAACAGAAUGCUGGACUAGAUGGGGCACUGGCCUGAUCCAGCAGGUGGUGGUUCUUAUGUUAAAUAGGCAACCCCAGCUGGCAUGGCCAAUGGUUGCAGAUUCCCCAUCUCUGGCCCACAGUGCCUGGGCCACCAAAAAGCUAUCCUGACCCCUUUCCCUUCAGUAAUAUUAGAUGAGGGGCUCCCAGACAGGGCUCUCAUUGGAGGAACUCAGUGAGCUGAGAAUGAUUCAGGGCAGUUUUGGCUUUUCAUUGCAAUUGCCCUUUAAGAGGGGCAGAAUCACUCCCCAGUCCUCCUAACACCACAGGCCUUUAAUGAUUAUGCUGCAGUCCGCUCUGUUUGCUUUUAAUAGAGGAGGUGGAUAUAUUUAUUAAUUAUAGUGAAUAAAUCUUUGACUCGAUAGUGGUUUUUCUCUGCUGGGUAUGUGCUUUGCAAGAAGCCUGCUUGUUGCCCAUAAGGUGGGAGACAGAACUGCUCCUCGCCUGUGAGUCUGGGUGGCUCCUGAGAAGCCGCCUCACGCCUUGCUCUGCUAUCUCCCACCUUUGCCAGGUAUCGGUGCGUCCCCUCCAGCACACGCAGUACGAGCGAUUCAUCCCCUCUGCGUACCCCUACUAUGCCAGUGCCUUCUCCAUGAUGGUGGGCCUCUUCCUGUUCAGCAUCGUGUUCCUCCACAUGAAGGAGAAAGAGAAAUCAGACUGAGGGUCUCCCAGCAGGAGGAGUAGGGAGCCCACCUCUUCCAAGGCGGUGGCCCCAAGCAGUGCAGGCGCUGAGUACACACAACAUUUGGAGACUGGAAGUCCUCAGGAUCGAGGGACCAGGGCCUGGUGGGUGGGGAUCAGGAUUUUGGGGGUGGGCAAGGGGAAGCAGAUGCCUCUUGGAGGAAGAGAAGGAAGAGUGAGCAGCCCCUGAAUGAACUCUUACAGAAUCCACGUGUCAGUUCCUUUGUGGGCGUCUCUCAAACAUGCUUACUGCCACUGUGACUUGUUUCUGGUCUCCCAACAAAAGAUUGCUGUACUUGAAUUUUGUUUUCUGAAAUAAAGCAGCCUCACCUUCCAGUGAUA